AUGGCAUCAACAAUAAGACAACGAAGAAUAGAAAUAGAAACAGAACCAGUAACUAAUGAAACUCCAUUAUUAAGAAGAUUACAUUAUUAUCAUGAAUUAGAUGAAUGGCAACAAGACAAUCAUUUUAUAAAAUCAGGUUAUGUAAAAAGUACAAAUUCAUUCAAAGCAAGUUUUAAAUCAUUAUUUUAUCUUCAUAAUGAAUCAGUUAAUAUUUGGUCACAUUUAAUACCUUCAAGUAUAUCAUUUUGGUUAAUUUUAUAUUAUGUAAAUUUUCAAUUGAUUCAAUAUGGUAAUUAUUUGGGUAUUUGGGAAAAGUUUAAUUUUAUUCAAUUUGGCCUUGCUGUUACAUUUUGCAUGUUUAUGUCUUCUACAUUUCAUUGUGUUAAAUCUCAUUCUCAUAAAAUAUGUAAAUUUGGAAAUCAAUUGGAUUAUUUUGGAAUAAUUAUCUUGAUUACUUGUUCAUUAGUUUCAAUUAUUUUAUUUUCAUAUUAUGAUCAUUUUAUAUACAAGACAUUAUUCACUUCAAUUACAUUAAUUUUAGGUACUAUAUGUACUGUCCUUACACUUGAUCCAAAAUUUGCAACUAAUCAUUAUAGACCGUUUAGAAGUGGUAUGUUUAUAUUAUUUGGCUUGUCUGGAGUUCUCCCAAUUUUAAAUUCGGUAUACAUGUUUGGGUUUCAAAUUACAAGGGAACGAUCAGGUUUGAUUUGGUUGAUUUUAGAAGGUGUUUUUUAUAUAUCUGGUGCUUUAUUAUAUGCUAUGAGAGUACCUGAAAGAUUUACACAUAUAGAUGAGUCUGAAGAAGAAUUAUUAAAUGAUCCAAAAGCUGGUAUGUUUGAUAUUUUUGGUCAUUCUCAUCAAAUAUUUCAUGUUUUUGUCGUUAUUGCUGCUUAUUGUCAUUGGAGAGCUUUAAUUGAAUGUUAUCAUUAUUUACAUAAAGUAAUCUUACCGAAUAUGUGA